AUGAACUUCCCAAAUGGAGAAUCGCUACCUUCGUGGGUGGAUAAUGAGACUGCGUCAGAUUGUUGUCAAUGGGAACAAGUUAAAUGCAGCAAUAUCACUGCACGAGUAAUCGAACUUAAUCUUUAUUACGCAAGGAUUCGGAGAUUAGGAGAUUGGUAUUUAAAUGCCUCUCUAUUUCUUCCUUUUGACGAGCUCAUAAAUCUCUCUUUAGAGGGGAAUAAUUUAGUAGGAUGGAUUGAGAAUGAAGGUAUUGAUAGAUUGUCAAAAUUGAGAAAUUUGGAGGCCCUUGAUCUGAGUAGCAAUUUUUUCAAUCGCAAAAUUUUGUCAUCUCUUAAUCGGCUUUCUUCUCUCAAGUAUCUGGGAUUUAGAUACAACUCAUUAAGGAGAAAAAAUUACGGCAAUAGUCGUGAAAGACUCUUCGGAUUAAACAAGCUAGAAGUUCUUGAUUUCAUGGGUAAUAAUGAUAUUAGCGAUGGCGACAUUCUAUCGGUGCUAAAUCUAAAUGAUUUUAUCAAUUUGAAGAAGCUCGACCUAAGUGACAAUCAAUUUACAAGCUCGGGUACCAUUUAUGGUCCAAAAUAUUUGAAGGUCCUUAAUUUACAAUCAAAUAACUUCGAUAAUCGCAUUUUCUCUUCACUUCACGGGCUAUCAUCACUCAAGUCUCUAGAUCUCUCUUGGAAUGGACUAAAAGGAACCAUCCAAAUGAAAGAUUUACAUGCUUUGAGUAAUUUGGAGGAGCUUGAUCUAAGUAAUAAUGAGAUCGACAACUUCACAACUCCAAUAGAGUUGAGACUUUUAAGAACGCUAGAGAAGUUGUUCUUGGACAGUUCUGCCGUGGAUGGAAACUUUCUACAAGGUAUUGGAGCUAUGACAUUCCUCAAGAUUUUAUCUUUGCCUAGAUGCAGACUCAAUGGCACCCUUCCCAUUCGAGGGUGGUGUGACCUUAAAAACCUCCAAGAGUUAAAUCUGAGUUGGAAUGAGUACGAAGGAAUACUCCCUACAUGUGUUGCAAAUAUGACAUCUCUUCGAUUAAUUGAACUUUCUCACAAUAAGUUGACUGGAAAUAUUGCCUCAUCUCCACUUUCCAAACUCACAUCCCUAGAAUAUCUCUCCAUAUCAAGUAAUAACUUUACAGUUCCAAUUUCUUUCAAGGCAUUCUUUAAUCAUUCAAACUUGAAGUUCAUAUUUUUGGAAAACAAUGAAAUAAUAAAUGAAAAUGAGUUGGGAAAUUGGGUUCCUAAGUUUCAACUAGAGGUUUUUAGUAUGUCAAAUUCUAGAGGCCUUCCAACACUACCCAACUUCUUUUACUAUCAAUCCAACUUGAGAAUUCUUUAUCUCCCAAAGAACAACAUUCAAGGGAAUUUUCCAACUUGGUUGUUAGAGAACAAUACAAGACUUAGGAGACUUUACCUGAGUGAUAAUGCUUUUACAGGACCUCUCAAGUUAUCAUCAAGCACCAAUCCCAACAUGGAGACUUUCGAUGUAUCUAAUAAUAAGUUAAAUGGACAUAUUCCGACUAACAUAGCUUCAGCUUUUCCAAAUUUGGUUGCAUUAAACAUGUCAACAAAUAUGUUUGAUGGGUCUGUACCUUCUAGUUUCGGUGACUUAAAAUCUAUAAAAUUUAUAGACUUGUCGGUCAAUAACUUGACAGGCAUGAUGCCGCAAGAAUUAGGUAUGGGAUGCUUUUCUUUGUUUUUUUUCAAGAUAUCGGAUAAUAAAAUGCAAGGACAAAUAUUUCCAGAAUCUACCAACCUACCAAGCUUGAAAUAUUUAUAUCUGGAGGGCAAUGAUUUCUCGGGCACCAUACCAAGUAGCUUGUCUACCAGCCCUCUAGUAGUGUUAGACAUUAGUAACAACCAUUUGUCUGGCAUAAUUCCCUCAUCAGUGGGUAAUAUGACAAGAUUGGAGCAAGUUUCUUUGUCUAAUAACCAGCUUGCGGGUCCGAUCCCGGUGGAAAUUUGCAAUCUCGAUUCUCUUGGCCUCUUAGAUUUAUCUAAGAACAAGUUAUCUGGUUCAAUUCCAUCUUGCUUCAAUCCAUCAAGCAUAAGUCAUGUCUAUCUGAACGAUAACCAAUUGGAAGGUGAGCUCACAUAUGCAUUUCAUAAUAGCUCUUCUUUGGUGUCAUUGGAUCUUAGAGAGAAUAAGUUCACUGGAAGUAUCCCUCAAUGGAUUGGCAAUCUAUCAAGCUUGAGCAUUAUUCUUCUCAGAGGUAACCAUUUUGAAGGCAUAAUCCCUCACCAAUUUUGUGAGAUGAAAAAACUAAGCAUGAUAGACCUUUCUUUCAAUAGUCUUUCGGGUCAAAUUCCGCUCUGCUUUGGUAACAUUACGCUGGAGGUAACCACGAAGAAGUCUGUAUUGGUUCUGGAAUUUAUCAGCUCUUCAAUUUUUUCAUUCAUUUCUUACAUGGAUAAGGUUGAGUUAGAAAGGGACUAUCACGUGUCUUUCCACAAAACUGAAGAUUUCAAAUUAACUGAUGUACCAAUUACAGUGACAUUCGUGACAAAGGGAAAUUCUUAUUCUUACAAAGGUAGCAUCCUCAGUUACAUGUCAGGAAUUGAUCUCUCUUCUAAUAAAUUAUAUGGUGAAAUUCCGGAUGGCCUUGGAAAGUUAAGUGAGAUCCAUGCACUCAACUUGUCCCACAACAAUCUUACUGGAACAAUUCCAGCAACAUUCUCAAACCUACUUCAGAUAGAGAGCUUAGAUCUCUCCUAUAACAACUUAGGUGGGAGGAUCCCCACUGGUUUGAGUGAGUUAAAUGCUUUGGCAGUCUUCAGUGUGGCUUAUAACAAUCUAACAGGUAUGAUACCAGAUAAAGGUCAAUUUGGAACAUUUGAUGAAGGAAGCUAUCAGGGAAAUCCUUAUCUUUGUGGUCGCCCAUUACCUGUCGAUUGCACGAGCACCGAACCAACGCAUGUCCUGACAUCUGCUGAUGAUGAAAGUUCUGUUGAUGUCACUUUGGAUAUUGCACAAGAUCUUCUGAAAGCUGCCGAUCAGUGUCUUUUGGAGGGGCAUAAGCGGCCGUGUGAAUAUGCGAUUGCACAGGACAUUUCUGUAGAGAAUGUCUCUCUCAUGUUUGAGUUAUCGGAGGGCAUUUCGGUGUAUUCAGAUCGUUGGCUUGACUUCAUAAGCAAUUUCUACAAUGUGAGCCCCUGUGCUCAUUUUUCUCUUUCCAAGUUGCUGAUGCAAUUUUGGACAUAA